AUAUUUUUCAUCAAGUGCAUUAGAUUUUACUGAACAUCAGGAAGUAUUUAUCAACCAUAAUUUGAUUACCAAAGGUCAUGUGUUAAGCUUAUUAAAGACAAGUUUUGUAUUGGAUCAGGUCAACACAAUGGGUUCCCGUGCUAAUCGAGUAAUUGUAACCAGAAAGACAAGCUCAAAUGCCAGCUGACAAAUACAUAUUUAUGAGGGAAUUUUAAUUAUAACAAUAGGAAGUAGAUACUUGAUCUUAGUAAAUGACGACCUGUCACUGUGAAAUUUUAUCGACAGAACGAUAAUAGAAGAAAAGUCAAGGUUGAAAAUUGUAUCGAUAUAGUACGUACAGAAAAUUUUCCUAGAGAGGACACGUGAAAUCAUGAUCGAUGUUACGUAGAGUCAUGAUAGGACGAAAAACGAAUAUCAAAAAAAGAGAGAUGCACAGCGUGAUAGUAUCGAUUAAUUGUAAAUAAUGUCCUCAUCGAUCGAGCCAUUGCCAGUUCAGAAGUUGGACAGCCUUUUAGCACAAAGUCUCGGUAACGACUUUCAAAUAAAGCACAUAGAAUGGAGGCCUCUAACCGCGCCCGGGGAAAACUUCGGAAGCGUGAUGUUAGCUAUCAGUGUCACCCUGUCCUGGCCGGCCACCAACAAAACCGAGACUUUGAAUCUCGUUGCGAAACUUCCACCUACUAACGCCUAUCUAUUAGAUUUGUUCAACAGUUCAGUGACAUUCCGAAAGGAGCUACGAUUCUAUAGUUCCAUGGCGAGGGAGUAUGUGAAUCUCCAGCUGGAGAGCGGUAUAAACGAGGAGGACCUGACUAUAUUAGUGCCGAAGUUCUACAGUGGUAGACUGGGCUUGAAGUCGAACGAGUUCGACGAGCAAGCGACCAUUAUUCUCGAGAACUUGAAAUCCAAUGGCUUCGAAACGGAGGAUCGAAUUUACGGAUUGGAUAAGAAGCAUACGGAGUACGCGAUCCAGAAACUAGCCAAGCUGCAUGCUCUGACCAUCGCCUUGAAAAUGAAGAAGCCUCAAAUGUAUGAGAAGAUAGCGGCGGAAGUCAUGAUGAAGGUUGCGAAUGAGACUACGAUAAAGUGUACGGGCGAGAUGAUCUAUAAAACUAUACAGGAUAUAAAGGGACUACAGGGUAUUGAACCGUAUUUAGAUCGUGUUACGAGAACCAUAAAUUGUGAGUCACUAAUCGAGACAAGUAAUCCAGAAGAGCCAUGGGGGACGUUGGUUCACAACGACUUCUGGGUGAACAAUAUGAUGUUUCGACACGAUAACAAGGGAAAUAUAAUUGAUAUGAAAAUAGUCGACUUCCAACUGGGCGACUACGACUACGGUGCGAAAGAUCUACUAUUUUUCCUCAUAUCCAGUGCGAAUAAGGAAAUUAUCGACAAUAAACUGGAUGACAUGAUCGACUUUUAUUAUAGCAACUUCAUUGAAGCGUUGAAAUCGUUAAGAGUCGAUACUGAAAAAUUUUCUAAACAGAAAUUUGACGAAAUAGUGAACAAGUGUGGGCCACUUAAGUUCUCGCAAUGCAUCAUGAUGACGCAGGUGAUUCAAGCUCCUCGAGGAAUCACGCCAGAAAUGAAAGACUUACAGGACAACAACGUUUUCAUGGACAUAAGCAGCAAUGAAGUAUACAGAAACAAAUUGUUUCAUACUAUAACUGUAUUCGAGAAAAGGGGAUGGCUACUGAAAUAACGACGAUGCUGCUAUUCUUUAUGUAGUUAGAUAAGUUGUUACAAAAGUGAGAAUGAUAUUUUUAUAGGCGAAGAACACAAAAUUCGUAGCAAGCACGAAAUGUAGAUAUUGUUAAAACUUAUGUUUAUACAAAAAUGUACAUAGAUAAAACAUAAUUUAGAAGAUGUUACUAUCGAGACAUUGAUUGACGUAUCAAAGAACAAAUGGUCCAAGAAGCAGAUUUAGUAAGAUUGCGAAGGCCACGAUACGUGGCCAAUAUUCCCGAUGCCUUGUAUAUGGUUGACGACAAACCAAGACUAAUGGGUAUAGCUGGAGUGGACGUUUUCGCUACAGCGUUCCCAGAUAUUUUAAUUUCCCUCUUAUCUGUUUGCAGCACAGUUUUAUUACGUUUUCGUAAGAUACGCGGGAAUGAGAAUUUAAUCUCAAAGAAGUACCAAAUAUAGAGUUUACUCAAUUCUUAAAUGUAAUUAUUUAAUAAGUAAUUCUCUUUUUUUAGAGCAUGCUUUUUAUCAUGCUCUUGUAAAAAUACUUGCACUAUAUUAUAUUCUCUGUACGUACGUCUGUUCCACAAAAUAAAGAAUAUUUUAUUACACAAACGUAACACAAAUGAAUUUAUAUUCAAAUAACACAAACAAAUAAUCGGGACUGUUACGAUAAUUUAUUUCCGUAAAUGUAGAGUUCAUUAUCACCAAUUUUGUUUUUCUUUUAAUGAAAUCGUAUUUAUUUUUUCUAGAAGUUUCGUGGUCACGUGAAAUAGAGAUGCGUCGCGCGGAAUCUUAUUUCCUUACCUUCCACGUGGAAGCUAUCAGCAACGACUACUUUAUGUAACACGACAUUGAUACAUGUCAAUUUAAACUAUUUGUCAUCCUCGGUUCGAGUUUAUCAAGUUAACUAUAUUGUGAAAAAUACAUAAUUACGAUAGGUACCAGUUCCUCGAUCAUAAAUAAACACUAAACGAUGUUCGUAUGAGUCACGUUA